AUGGGUCCAUCUGUCAACGCUAUUUCCGAGCACCAUUAUCAAACAAAUGUCGACGCCACUACCUCACCAGCUGCAUUCUGGCCCAGCUACGCCACGCAACUCACAACUAAGUCAAACAUCCGCGGGAAUUUGUCGCGCUUCUCGGCUUCGGUCUUGGAUGCACAGAAAUCUGGCAUAUCAUUUGUUCUCGGUGAGACAAACACAUUUUUCGGCCACGGCCAGCCAGGUGUGAGCAACUCGGCUGCGGCUGCGCUAUGGCUUGUCGAUUACAGCCUGCAAGCGGCUAGUAUCGGUGUCGAUUGCGUCUACUUCCACCAAGGCAUUGGCUAUAACUAUAGUGCUUUCGAACCCUUGAACAAUAUCGGCAUCAACGUAACCGACUAUGAGGCGUCAGCAAAACGCCACGUUUUGCCCGAAUACUAUGGCAUGCUUGCGGUAGCGGACACUAUCGGCACUUCCGGCAAUGCUUUUAUCAACGAGUUGUGGACCGACAAUUCCAAUCUUGCAGCAUAUCAGAUCUGGGAGGGCGAUCAAUCCAAACGCCUGAUGCUGAUAAAUGAAGUGCCUUGGACGGCCGUGUAA